AUGGAACUUAAGUCAGUCGAAACACACAAACCUGAUGUGUCAUGGGGUUUGAAAAUCAAGAGAAAAACUAAAAUUGUUUCCCCGUGUUUGGGUAUGCUCAGACCCACCGUAGGCCUGUGCUGUCAUCAGUGCACUCCGGAGAGCCUGCGCAACAAACUCGAGCAGAAUUCUUUGGGUGGUUUCCGCAACAUUUUGAAAAUCAACGAGAAACACACCAGAUAUCGAGGCUGGCUCGUUCGCAGACUGUGCUGUGUUCUGUUUGUGAGCAACUGCAAAGUUUUCCCAAGUCCCAUCACCAACCGAGCGGAGCGGGUUUAUCAAAGCAACAGGGUGAAGGAGGCGCUAGCUGCGGAGCCACAGGCAGAACGGGCAGGAGACGCAACCCGCCUUUCAAAUUUCCUCCCCCUCAUUAACACCUGUAUUUCCUCCGGACUUGUGCGAUUUGCGGGCUGGUGUCUUUUGAAGAUGCUCUCGUCUGCUUUCGGGAGCGUCCAAGUUAACCUCAACCAUCUGCUGGCGUUGCACAAGGCCUCGCAAGAGGGAUCUCCGCUGGUCUAUGUGCACGUGCGGCAAAGCGCCCUGGACUGCACACUUGUCGCCUUGGCUCUGUUCUGUCACAGCCUCAAAGUCCCGUACACAAUCUGCCCUUUGAGAAUCGACAACAGGCUGCUCAGAAUGAUUCUGCGGAGACUUGGAGUGGUCCUUCUGCUGGACGGGGACCAGACUGAGCAGGAGUUGGAGAGUGACCCGCUGAGCUCCGCGGUGGUGACGUCUCUGGUACGUGAGCUUCUACACGAGGGCCAGGCCGUGAGUGUGUCCGUGUCAGCAGAGCCUGGAGAGGGAGGGCCGUGGCUGUCUCGCAUCAGACAGUUCAUCAAAGACGGAGCCGUGCCUGAUGUGAGCCUGGUCCCAGUGGGCAUCUCGUACGACUUUGUUCCCCCGGCCGACCCCCAGAUUGGCGUGGGUUCGUUGCUGAAGUGCUUGUUGUCUCUGCUCUGGACGAGGUCGUGGGGAAGUGUUCGGAUUGACUUGGCGCAGCCGUUCUCUCUGAAGGAAAUGUGUGACUCUGGGAGAUGCAGUGUGGACGACCUGUUGCCUCUCCAGGACCUGUUGCUGCCCGUGAUCUUAAACAACAGAUCUGAAAGUGCAAACGGAGGUAGGAGGAUGCCGUGGCUUCUUCCUUUUCAUUAUGCACCCCGACGCGAGCCGCAUCCCCAAGACGACCUCAGCAUCGCCAUCAUCCUUCACCUCAUCCACUCUACCACUUCCUGUAAAGCGGUGAUGUCCACUGGUGUUGUAUCAAGCCUUUUGCUCCACAGACAUCACAAGGGUGUAAAGCUGUCAGUCUUGUGUCGUGAAGUCUCUUGGCUCACAGAAGAGCUCUUGUUCCGGAACAAAGAUGUCGGCUUCGGGGGCACUCUUCCCAGGGUGGUCCAUUACGCCCUCAGCCUCCUCGGCCCACACCUUCUCAUUGCGGCAGCUCCAUCCAGGACGGACCCUCUGAUUCUGCCUCGUGCCUCUGCGGCGGCCGCUCACCAGCUCAGCGUCCAGGCGCAGACUGUCACUCACGCCUUUAUCAUGGAGGCUGUCGCAGCUUGUGCAGUGUCGGCGAUGCUGAGCGACGUGGCUGGCAGUGGCGUGAGUAACCGCGGCGACACGGACGAGGGAAAAGGCGACCAUGAGUUUGACGUGGUUCUGUGCCAGACCGAGCUCACCAACAGAGCCCUACAGCUAUGCCAUCUCCUGCCUCCGGGCUUCAUGCCACCCUGUCAGUCUUCCCACAGUUUUGCGCUGGAUGCCGUUGACAGUCUGGUGCGCUGUGGCAUAUUGAUCAUGGAAGAGGUUCCCAGAGAUGCACCUAUUUGCGACGUGUGGAAAAGAGACGGGACUUUGUCUUGGACGACCAGCGAUGACCCAUACAACAGCGACUCUGACUGUGAGGAGGUCGUGUCUCGCUCUUACAAGAUAACAAAGCCGAGCCAGUGUCCGGACCUGCUGUUCUUCCUCUGCAGUCUGUUGUCUGAGUAUCUGAGGUCACUGUGCUGGACCACAUCAGCCCUGGAGAACCUGCCCUGCCCUCUGACCGAGACCGACUUCAAGACUCAGAUCCACGCUCAACUGUGCGACAUGGCGAGAAAGAAGAAAGCCCAUUACGAGAGCUGCUCCGAGGAGGCGGUGCACACGGCCCUGCGAACACUCAUCGACCUGGGGGUCGUUGUGGAGACGCGGGACACGGGAGGCGUUCUCCUGUCACUCAACCCUUUGUUCCGGUCUUCACAAAACAGACAAAAACUGCACCGCUUCUUCUCCCAGUACCUCUGCAAUUAUAAAAUUUAG